GACCUGAAUGUGGUUUUAUGAAAAAUAACAUAUAAAAGUAGUAGAAAUAGGUCAUCUUUUGACUGAUAGUAACAAACAGUCCUCACAAACUUUUCACUUCCGUAUACGACAUGCCCCAGAAGAAAACCACAAAGAGAUAUAUCACUUUUCAUUGUGUUUCGAUAAAAAACGACGUUAUGACCUUGAUCUAGCACGGCAGGCUGAAUAUACAAUAUAUGUACCAGUUCCUUCCUCAAAUAUCUAAAUGGCUGCCCCUAUAAUAGCAUUAUAAGUAUGGUGUGUUCUUAUAUCAAAUAGAUGCCAAGACUUCGAAGGAUGGAGUCGUUGAGUGCAUAUUUUUCAGAUGGCUGCAGAGCGCAACCUCUGUGGUUUUUUAUGAUGGUCGCAGUCUUACCGGCCACCACAGGGAAAUCAUUCGACGGGUUGUUGCGGCGGACCACGGACGGGCGAUACGAGGCCUACAUGAAGCCACCGUACAAGUCUAACCAUGCCUCGUUCAUAGAAAGACUGUCCAAUGAAGACAUGGUCAUAGCUUGGUUCAGCGGUUCUAAGGAAGGCGAAAGUAACGUUGCCAUAGUUUUUGCCCGUCUCCCUAACGGCACAUUACAGUGGAUGAAUCCGCGCACCGUCUCACAAAGACCUGGUUAUUCUAACCAAAAUCCCGUCCUGUUCGCAGACAACAACACGUUGUUCCUCUUCCACACUCAGCAGAAGGCAUCAUUCACAAGCACGUGCAACAGUGACGUAGGCAGCGAAGAUUCCGCUCAGGUGUGGGCUCUAGUUUCUACAGACGGGAAAGGAGAAAAAUUUACUAAACCAAAGCUAGUUCUUUCCAAAGCUGGGUCAUUCGACCGCAAUCGAAUUAUUCGAUCCCUGAAGAACGAGUGGCUAUUCCCGACGUACUUUGCAGGGGGCUCUUCUAAAGACCAACACUCGAUUUUGAUGGAGAACGCCAAACACGAUCCUUAUUCGUCAUGGGUUGGGCAUGCUUUUCCAAAAUCUGACUACUUAGUGCAACCAAGCGUAGUCCGUCCCGUUCCAGGCAAGCCGAACCUUGUCGUUUUCUUCAGAGAUCGGCGUGCAGGGAACAUCUACAGGGCAACCAGCCCAGACGACGGUAAAACGUGGACCACACCCACCAAAACCACACUUCCUAAUAACAAUAGUGGGAUAGAAGCAAACGUUUUGAAAAGCGGCCGAAUCGCUCUGGUGUAUAACCCAACCCACCACGCACGUGACCCGUUGGUAAUCUCCCUGUCGGAGGACCAAGGUAAAAGUUGGAAGUAUACGCGCACACUGGAGACCAGCAGCAGCGGGAAGAACGUUGUAGAAUACAGUUACCCUUCUCUACUACAGGACACAAUGGCCAGAAUCCACGUGUCCUAUACUUACAACAGAGAGACAGUUAAACAUGUCAUUAUACCCAAUGAGCAGUGGAUAAUGAAAACAUAUUAAGAAACUGAUAUAUCAGACCUAAGUUGGAUGUUUUAUAAGCCAGUAAAAAGAGGUUAUUUUCAAUAGAUUUUUAUUCAAAUUACUUAUACUAACGAAUAGAUAAAAGCCUCUUUCACUAGAUUCCACAACUUAUAUUUUGAGGCAAUUUUGUAUAACAUUUUUAUUAUUAUAUAACCAGAACAAUAUAUUGUAUAUAUUAAAAUGGAUCUAGAACCAA